AUGGCACCAUCAUUCGAUUGGUGGGCUAAAGAGAACCACAGAGGAACACCAGUAGUCAUUAAAAUGGAAAACCCAAACAACUGGUCCAUGGUCGAGCUCGAAGCCCCAUCAGAAGAUGACUUUCUCUACGACAGCGACGAAACCUCAGUGGCCAGUCGUCCUAAAGACAAAACCAGAAACAAAAACGCCAAACAGCUCACCUGGGUCCUCCUACUCAAGGCCCACAAAGCCGCCGGUUGCUUAACAUUCAUCGCCAAUGCAUUGCUCAACCUCACCGCCGCCAUUCGCCGCCGUGUCUCCUCCGGCAGAACCGACAUUGACAAUGAAACAAGUGGCGACAUGGCCACCGAGAACUUUACUGUUAAAUCUGAGUUUUAUUCAUGUAUAAAGGUGUUUCUUUGGGUUUCCCUUUUGUUACUGGGGUUUGAGGUAGCUGCAUAUUUCAAAGGUUGGCAUUUUGGGGCACCUGAUCUUCAAUUGCAGUACUUCUACACAUUGACGAACCCAUUAGCUGUUAAGGGUGUGUUUGAUUCGCUUUAUUCGAGAUGGGUUUUGAUUAGGGUGGAGUAUCUCGCUCCUCCUCUUCAGUUUCUGGCCAAUGCAUGCAUUUUGCUCUUCCUUAUACAGAGUCUAGAUAGAUUAGUCCUCUGUUUGGGUUGUUUCUGGAUCAAAUUCAAGAAGAUCAAGCCAGUCCCCAAACAAGCCACAGUGGAUCUGGAGUCUGGUGAGGGUGUUGGUUAUUUCCCCAUGGUUCUAGUUCAGAUCCCCAUGUGCAACGAAAAAGAGGUUUAUCAGCAGUCUAUUGCUGCUGUGUGCAAUUUAGACUGGCCUAAGACGAAAAUUCUAAUUCAAGUGUUGGAUGAUUCGGAUGACCCAACAACACAAUUGCUGAUCAAAGAAGAGGUAUGUAAGUGGCAGCAAGAAGGUGCCAACAUUGUGUAUAGGCAUAGAGUGAUUCGAGAAGGGUACAAAGCUGGCAAUCUCAAGUCUGCUAUGAAUUGUAGCUAUGUCAAAGACUACGAGUUUGUUACCAUUUUUGAUGCUGAUUUUCAGCCCAACCCUGACUUUCUCCAAAGAACAGUUCCUCAUUUCAAGGAUAAUGAGGAACUAGGAUUGGUUCAGGCAAGGUGGUCCUUUGUGAACAAGGAUGAAAACUUGUUGACGAGGUUGCAGCAUAUUAAUUUGGCUUUUCAUUUCGAAGUGGAGCAGCAGGUGAAUGGGAUUUUCCUGAAUUUCUUUGGAUUUAAUGGGACUGCUGGUGUGUGGAGGAUAAAGGCAUUGGAGGAGUCUGGUGGGUGGUUGGAGAGAACUACAGUUGAGGACAUGGACAUUGCGGUUCGGGCUCAUCUUCAUGGAUGGAAGUUCAUUUUCCUUAAUGAUGUGGAGUGCCAAUGUGAAGUACCAGAAUCGUAUGAAGCUUACAGGAAACAACAACACAGGUGGCAUUCAGGGCCUAUGCAAUUGUUUCGGCUCUGUUUGCCCGAAGUUAUUCGAUCAAAGAUUAGUGUUUGGAAGAAAGUCAAUUUGAUUUUCCUCUUUUUCCUGCUAAGAAAACUGAUACUGCCGUUUUAUUCAUUCACCCUCUUUUGCAUAAUCCUUCCCAUGACAAUGUUCAUCCCUGAGGCUACAUUACCAUCAUGGGUCGUCUGUUACAUUCCAGCCACCAUGUCGUUUCUCAAUAUACUUCCUGCCCCAAAAUCUUUCCCUUUCAUUGUCCCUUAUCUUCUAUUUGAGAACACUAUGUCAGUGACCAAGUUCAACGCCAUGAUUUCGGGCCUAUUUCAACUUGGAAGUGCGUAUGAAUGGGUUGUCACCAAGAAAUCCGGACGUUCCUCUGAGGGUGAUCUUGUCUCUUUGGCUGAGAAAGAACCAAUAAUGCAUGAAACGGGUGUUUUAGUGCCCAAUUUAGUGGAAAUGAAGGAAGAAAUUAAACAGCAGGAGCAGAAGAGUAAGAAGAAGAAACACAAUAGGAUAUACACGAAAGAGUUGGCGCUUGCUUUCCUUCUUUUGACAGCUUCAGCACGGAGCCUAUUGUCCGCUCAGGGGAUCCAUUUCUACUUCUUGCUCUUUCAGGGAGUAUCGUUCCUGCUUGUGGGCCUUGACUUGAUCGGUGAGCAGGUUCAGUAAAAUAAAUUUCCAGGCUUUGUUGGAUGUACAUUCUCAAGCAAGCACAGGCGACUUGUUGAAUCGAUAUUCAGCCAAGUAAAUUAAAGACACACCAGUGGGAAAACUGUGGAGGGGUGAGAGUGCUUCUUUCUUUUCCUCCGCCUUCCCCACCCAAAAACGUCGGCUGAGAACCUAUGUGAAAAGGACCAUCAAAUUACUUCCAUCUUCGAAGUAGAGAAACCAACCCAUAGCAAAAAUGGGGAUGCUCAUUACUACAUUGCAUGUUUUUUUUUCCUUUGUAUUCUUUUG